GUCGAUAUUUGGCGCUGAAAGCAGAGAAGUGGGAGGGGGGGGGAGGCUAGAUUCCUGCUUGACAACUCGAGUUUUUAAGGCGUCCUCGUUCUCAUCAGGGGCUCAGUUCGCCCUCAGCAGCUGUGGGAGGAGGAGGUUUUUGGCGACAACGCACGUGGAAUAACAAAGAAUGGCAGUGUUGGCCUUUCUAACUCUCUCACUGCUGGUAUUCGCAGCCACAGCUCAGAAUGGAGGCACUAGUCAGUUACCAAGGAGGCCUCUCGUAGAACUUUUUGAAAUCUUCCAGGAGGCCAAAGCCGAAGCUCAAGGCCGCGUGACCUGCCCCGAGUCCUGCUCCGACCGGUUCCGCCCCGUCUGCGGCACCGACAACAAGGCCUACGGGAACGAGUGCAAAUUUCAGCAGGCGGCCUGUCGGAACCUCGGCCUCAGGAAGCAGAACGACGGGUGGAUUGAGGUUUACGUUACAGUCAGUAGCAACAACUGUCAGCGUCAGUGUUCUAGCUCGUACGAACCCGUGUGUGCCACUGACGGCGUCUCCUACAACAACAAAUGCCGCCUUGCCAUCAAGACCUGUGAAAACCCGAGCAUCCGGCUGAGAUAUGAGGGACCCUGCGCCGUACCUGCAAACCCCGUGACGUCUCGACCGACAUCCACCGGCGGUUCUCUCCAGCCUACAUCCGGUUCAGUCAGCAGGGUCCCUCAGGUCGGCCAGUCGGUGCUCUCCCUCGUCACCGGCGCAAAUCGCCCCCAGAACUCGGCUCCUGCUCCAGCUUCAGCUCCAGCUCCAGCUCCAGCUCCAGUUCCAGUUCCAAUCACCUCUGCAACCGCCAGACCCGCGUCGGUUGGGAACACUGAUAGCGGUACCCCGCGCUGUAGGGAUGUGUGUCAGCUUGGCUUCCGACCCGUGUGUGGCACCGACGGCAAGGUGUACGCCAACGAGUGCAAGCUGAGGGUUGCCUCCUGCCACGACCCUACGAUUCAGAAGAAGAAUGACGGGGUUUGCCAGAAGGACUGCAGCAUUGCCUGUCCUGACGAUGUCGACCCCGUGUGUGGGAGCAACGGCGUCACUUACAGGAAUUCCUGCUUCUACAACAUUGCCCGCUGCCGAGACCCUGAUGUCAGAAAGGUCGCCAACGCCCCGUGUGCUGAUCCAAAGGUCAACAGAUGCGACUUCUCCUGCGACACAUCCAUCAACCCGGUCUGUGGCAGCGAUGGCCGCACGUACCGUAAUCAGUGCGAACUUGAGGCUACCGCUUGCACGCAGAGAAGUCUGAUCAAGCUCUACGAUGGACAGUGCCAGGAGCAGCGAGGAGCACGUUGCGAUACAGUUUGCCCAGAUGUAGUGGAGGAAGUGUGUGGGGACAACGGGAAAACCUACAGAAGUCACUGUGAUCUUAUUGUGCUGUCUUGCCGUGCGAACGUACGUGUUAACAAGGCUUAUGACGGACGUUGUCGCAGGGCAUGAAUAGUAUGAAGACGAGGAAAAUAAGAGAAGAUGAGAAAAGAGGAGAGAAAAAAAGAGGAAGAUGGUAAGAAGACAGAACAGGAGGGCAGAAUAUUGCAAAAUACGAAAUUUGGGUUUAGUGAUAUACCUAGGGGAUAUGAGUAAUGUUUAUUUUCCUUAUAUGAAUGAUAUAUAUAUACAAUUUGGUUGACAUCACUGAUCUUGAGCAUGGGCAUCUUACAUGUGCUAAUAUAUAAUCAGCAAGUACAUUUCUAAUGACUGAAAGACAAAUGUAUUCUGCACUCAUGUGAAUAUCAAAUCACAUGAAAUGCAUUUUGGAAUAAAAUCUAAUACAUGUGUUUGUAUAAAUUACAAAUACAAUAUUGCUUAAAAAGAGAAGUAAUUUUGGAUGGUUUUACUCAGUGAUAAUUUGCUGGGAAGAUGUAAACAAUAAAAUAUAGAAAAUGAACAAA